GUCCAUUAUUAAGUGUAUGCAGUCCUGUCUUCUAUAGCUCGCCUUCGGUCUACUGGUUGGAUUACGUUCAUCUCAUGACAGGGACAUGCAAUAUCAGAUGGGAUGAGCUUCACAAAGUCUCUUAUCGCUCACUCGAGAUGAUGUCAUCCUAAUCUUGGAUCUAAGUUAAAUAUUGAGUGAAACUGGAGUAGGACUUGUAUCUUACUGCCGAUCAACACUUGUUGAGUGGUAUUUUUAAGGGACAAAAUGGGCCAGCUGACAGAUUUGCCCGAUGAGUUACUCCACGACGUGCUCUCACUUCUCCCCGCGGUAGACCUAGUAUCAGUCUCCGCAACUUGUCGAACAUUAUAUCGGCUAUCCCAAGAUGAGAAGCUAUGGCAACGCCUCGUCAACGCCAACAUCCCCCACAAGAUUGACAAACCUGGCGUUUUUGAUACUUUUCGUGACCUUUACUCUGCCCAUCAUCCAUACUGGUUUCUUCCGAGGAACAAGAUCUGGUUCUCGGAUGGUGAAUAUACCGGGACAUUAAUCAUCAGCCGCUACGACAAUAGGCGUGGAGUAGUCGAAGCUUUUCGACUUGUGGCCGAGUACAGGGAGGAAACGGCUGUUCCGUGGCGGUCUCAUCCGGACGUUGAGAUUCAACCUUUUAAUCCACGAUUGCGCCUAUGGCUCGAUGAUCCGGUUAUUGAGCUGCGCAACCCUAAGUUGCUGCAUUUUCGAGAUCGACAGUAUUCCCCGGAUCAGUUUCGGAUGACCAUGGUAGGUCAAAAUACUAGAGUCUGCAGCUCAUUUUCGCUAUGUAGGGGAAACCUCGGCAACGCUCCGAAAAUCAAAAAUGACCUCCUCUGGCCACCUGUCACAAUACCCGGUGAGAGGUCGGCUCGUAGACACCACGAACACCUCGUUGACGAGAAAUCAAACACAUAUCAGCAAAUUCAGAAGCUUUGUCAAGACCCUGAACGAAUUUCUGAAACCAGUUUCUAUCUACGGAAAUGGCUACAUUUCGGCGUAGGGCAGCCGGUUAUCCCCAGACAGCCUGUUGAUCAGACAUAUAUUUUUGCAACGCUUGAUCCGGCAUUAUAUACCCCUACAAAGGAUAAACCAUUUCAAGGAAUAUGGGUUGGGGAUUACAAUUUCCAUAAAUGUGAAUUCCUCUUGUUUCUGCAGAGAGAUCCCGGGGAGCCUGCGCCAUUGUUGAAUAAUGCCCGAAGACAUUUACGAGCCAUGAUAGGCGGCGCACGGAUUUUUGAGGAGACUAACAAUGACGAUAAUGAUGACGGAAUUGAAGAAGAAGAACAAGAAGUAGCAUUACUCAACGGCCGAUUCGAAGACGCCUUUGAGCGCGCCAGUCCACCAGUUACGCAGCCGAGCGAUGAAGUCGAAGAAUUUAACGGCACCAGAUUCCAGGGUCGUUUGGAAGGGAUUAAAUUAACGGGAGACCCAAACAUUCCUCGCGGAGAGAUAUCGUUUGUGGCAGAAGAUAUUGGACCCAGGGGGUUGAUUGGUGUUUCACAGGAUGGGGAGUUUCGUGGUGCAAGAGUUGUGCAGAGUAAGGGACAUAUUGCAUUUCAGCACUAUACUGAUGACCAAUGGGUUAAUACGCAACUAUUCCUAAUUUCGCCGGAUUAUGUGGCUCAGUACUGGGAACCGAUGCGGCAUAUAUCGUUCUUUCGACGUGUGGAUAUCGAUCAAUUCACCAAGAUAUGACGAAUAUAGUGUUGCAUUUACAGCAGGUUGUAUGAACAGAUAUAAUCAUUAGCGAGGACGUUGCAAUAAUCUAUAUCCCAACUCUCGACUUAAACUAUUUAAUGGUUAAUGGCUGUAAGAGUAACAAUAACAACGAUGCUGCCAAUGGCAAAUAACCACAAUCAACGGCUGUACAAGAGAACCAGGGAAACACGAAGAUACAAGACCAAACGCCUAGGUAUAUAGUUCAUAGCGAUUUCGUGGGAAAGUAGUAAUAUGCCAGCGGUCGCCUCAUUUCUCUCGGCUUCGAUUCGUAGUCAUGUAUAACGUCUUUCCAGGGAGCUCGGCUCGACCGAAUUCCAACUUAAAAGAGGGAGAUGCGAAAAGAUCUCGUGACCCGACUUUACGUUUAGCCAGGGAAAAGAGGCACCCAGAAAGCUGCCAAAAACAGCAACUAACGUCGUCGCUCAAAGUAGGAGGUCGAUCCUAACACGGCAACGGAUUGAUCCAUCACCCAUUCUCCGACACCCAAAUAACUUUCUAUCCAUCGUUUGAUAUCCUUGCUAUCGGUAAUCUUAUCUGCGUUGAGACUGGGGCUGUGCGCUUGAGUCCUAAAGACACCAAUCUAUCUUUUACUCUCACAAUCUGUUUCACUCUUGAGAAAGCAAGGUGAAGAAGGUUAAUGGAGCAAAAGGUAGACCGAUGUUUGGGGCGGACGUGCGAGAAUUAGUACUCUUUCCUUCGUGGUCCAUCAAGCCGGGUCGAUGUCGUUCAAGGAGAGAGGUUAUUUGGAACAUACGUAAGGCCAGUAGAUCGCUUAAUUCCUGCGAGGAAGG